AUGGGCCGCGGCGGGCAGCGUCAGCUGGUGCCCAACGUGGGGCCUCUUCGGCGAGAGGAGACCCCCGGAGGAGUCGUUUUUGGAUUACAAAGACUUUUGGGCGGCAGCUACCCCGGUUGCAGCAGGCCGGUUUUUGUCCGGCAGCGCUCCCAGAGGAAGGAGCGACAAUCUCUCUGCGCACGAGGGACCGCUCCUGGGGCUUUGGACAUCUCCCACGGUCACUGUCUGGACCCGACAGCUUUAGUUGAAAAAAGGGAAAUGCAGAAGCAUCCAACGCAGCCUUCCCCAGUUUCUUCAGUUUCCCCAGUUUCCCCAAACCCCUGCUCCUCAUCCCUUGUCCCUAAGUUGGGGGAGACCUGCGGAGCAACCUGUAAAACGCAGGGCUCCGAAGUCGGCAGUAGUCUCCCUGGCUCCCCAAGCCUCCCUCAGAACCCUUGCUCCGGAAGCCCUGGCCAAGCUGCUAGAGCCCUUACCCAUUCCCCUACUUCCCCAGUUAAUAACUCCAAGUUUUCCCCUUUCCAAGUUCCAAAUCCCCAGUUUGAUAAAGUUAUUGACCCCCAGUUUCUCUCCCAGAACCCUGGAUCCCCUACACUCCCUCGUUCCCAGUAUUCCCCUAAACCUUCCCCUAAAUCUCCCCAUACCUUACCUGAUUCCCAAAAUGGCCCCCGAGGGACACAAGAUGGCGGGGACCGCAUGGUCGGACCCCUCCCUUGUGCUCCUUCUUCCCACAAUCCAUUCCUCCCCUCAAAGUCCAACCCCUUCCUCCCUAGCUCCUCCUUCCCUUCCUACCCUGACCCCUCCCACUUUCCCUCAGAUGGUCCCUCCUCCUCGGGGGUGUGUCCCCAAAGUGUUACCUUCCAAAACUCCACCCCUUCCGGCCGCUACUCCUCCCUCCAACCCUCCCCCUCAGUCGGUCCUCCAACCCCGCCUCUUCCGGCUCCCGGUUCCCACGCCUCCCCUUCCAGUUCCCAUGCUCCUCCUACCAGUUCCCACGCCCCUCCAUCUGGUUCCCACGCUUCGGGAACUGGAGGUGACAGGCCUGAGACCUGGAACCCGGAACAGGUUGUGAUUCCCUUUGCCGCACCGGUCAGUUUUAGAGGAAGGGGGGGGAGAUACCGAGAAUGGGAACCCUUCUCCUUCCAGACGAAGAGGGAGCUGUGCAAGGCUCAGAAGGAGUUCGGCAGGAGAAGUGAAUAUUUUAAGGGCUUAUUAAAGGCCACCUUCUCCGUGAACGAGAUGGUCCCCCACGACUUGAAAGAAUUGUUUGCCUGCCUCCUUUCCCCAGCUGACUAUAGGCUGUGGAAACAGAGGUGGAAGAAAUCGUUGGAGGCCAUCCUUCCUGAGCUGCUGCACAGCGAGGAGACCGCGGUUGAUGCGGAUGAAAACCCCCUCUCAAUUGAUCACCUGUGCGGUGAAGGGAAUUGGGUGAAGCCAGAAGAACAGGCCAGGGUUUUACCCCGGCCUGUUUUGAUUAAAAUUACGGAGGCCACUGAAAAGGUAUUUAACAUCUUGCCGGGGGGGGAACCCCUUACCAACUUUUCAAACAUCAAACAAUCCCCCAAUGAGCCAUUUACCAUUUUUGUGAACCGGUUGCAGGAACAGAUAGAGAGACAGGUUGAUAGACCUGAGCUGCAAGAGCAGCUUAUCCUCGAAAUGGCAAAAGCCAAUUGCAACGACAUCUGUAAACAAGUUAUUUUUAGCCUGCCUUUGUAUCCACCGCCGACCCUGGACGCCCUCAUUGAUGCGUGCAAGAAGAAAGUGCCAUUAGUGGGGACGUCCAGGGUGCCGCCACCACCACACGUGGUCAGGAGACCACCAACGGCAGCAGUGACCCAGCACCCGGCGGGGCACAUCGUUAUUCCGCCGGCAAGAACCACGCAAUGCUAUCGAUGUGGACAGCUGGGCCACAUGGCGAGGAACUGUCCUGUCAACCACCCUCACCAGGGGCCGAUGGGGGACGGUUCAGGGGAAAGGCACUGGAUGGUGGUAGCUGUGGACUCACUGGAGGGAGAUCAGCUGGAAACCGGACACGACUGUAAGUUUAUUGCCAUCGGGGACACUAAAUACACACCCCCAGAGAUUGAGAUUUCUCCGAUUACCUUCCCGGGUGGUCCGGAGAACCUCAUUCUCCUGGUGCGCUGCACUCACCCACCAUAUUUCUUGCCAAAAGGGCAAAUUAUUGCCCAGAUUAUUCCAGUGCCUGAAAAAAUUCCAGUAGACGACCACGCACCAGGCGUCUACUGGGCAGAAGUGGUGGGUGAGGAUAAGCCUAUCAUUGAUUGCAGCGUCAAGCAGGGUGCGGAGUUUGUCAACAUGAAGGGUCUGCUUGACACGGGGGCGGAUGUGACGAUCAUCCCCGAAAGGAGAUGGCCGUCACAUUGGGAGUUGCAACCUGUGGCGGGGAAAAUACAGGGUAUAGGGGGCACCCAAUUGGCUCGAGUUUCAAAGAGCGUGGUGCAAAUUACGGGGCCGGAUGAGCAAUUAGCUAAUUUACGUCCAUUCGUCGCAGACUUCCAGCCCGAAAACCCCCCGGGAUUUUCAGUGGCGGCCACUGUGGAGCGCCCCUUCCAGAAGCUGGAUUGGAUCACGGAUGAAGUGGUCUGGAUUGAUCAGUGGCCGCUCAGAAAAGAUAAAUUAAGGGCGCUCAACGAGCUCAUGGAGGAGCAAUUAGUAAAAGGCAACAUCGUAGAGACAACGAGCCCUUGGAAUUCUCCGGUUUUUGUCAUUCGUAAGCCGGGGAAGGACAAGUGGCGACUCCUCCACGAUCUUCGUGCAAUAAAUAAAAUCAUUGUAGACAUGGGGCCCCUUCAACCAGGGAUGCCUUCCCCAACCAUGCUUCCCCGAAAUUGGAAUUUGGCGAUAAUCGACAUCAAGGAUUGCUUCUUUCAAAUUCCUCUACACCCUGAAGAUGCCCCACGGUUUGCCUUCUCGGUGCCCACCCUUAACCGAGAAGCCCCAGUGAGGAGGUUCCACUGGUGGGUAUUGCCCCAGGGCAUGAAGAACUCACCGACUAUCUGCCAGUGGUAUGUCUCCUCAUUGCUGUCUCCCGUACGCGCCAAAAUGGGGGAGGUCAUCAUCCAUCACUACAUGGAUGAUGUCCUAGUGUGUGCCCCCCAUGACGAUUUACUUACACAAUCUCUUGACCUAGUGGUUAAAGUUUUAACAUCGGGAGGUUUUCAACUCCAGGAGGAUAAAGUUCAAAGGAUGCCACCCUGGAGAUAUCUGGGUCUGCGGAUUGCUGAGAGGACCAUUGUGCCUCAAAAAUUGGCCAUCAACAGCAAUCCGAAAACUUUGGCGGACCUUCACUCUCUGUGCGGGACCUUGAACUGGGUCAGGCCUUGGCUGGGCCUCACUACUGAGGACCUAGCCCCCCUCUUCUUACUUUUGAAGGGGGAGAAGGAGCUAAAUUCUCCCAGGACCCUGACCCCAGAAGCGAGGGAAGCACUAGAGAAGGUACAGGAUGUGCUAGUCGAAAGACAGGCGCAUCGGUACGAACCGAGCCUGCCCUUUGAAUUUAUUGUAUUGGGGAGACUGCCACACCUGUGUGGGCUCAUCUUCCAAUGGGACCAGGGCUCCAGGGACCCGCUCUUGAUCAUAGAGUGGGUCUUCCUGAGUCACCAGCUGUCCAAAAGUAUCACCCAGCCACAGGAGCUGAUGGCUCAGCUCAUCAGGAGAGCUAGGGCUAGACUUCGGGAGAUGGCUGGGUGUGACUUUUCGUGCAUUCCGGGUGCCUGUAGCUUGUCUCGGGACAAAGCGUCCCCAGAUAAGCUGACAAAGGAGAUGUUCAAUCAGCUGUUACAGGAGAACGAGACCCUCCAGAUUGCUCUGGAUAGUUACUGUGGGCAAAUUUCGGUCCACGCCCCUGCCCAUAAAUUCUUUAACGCAAAGUUUGAUGUAAUUCCAAGAGAAGUUCGGAGCAGAAAGCCCCUCAAAGCUCUGACUGUUUUUACAGACGCAUCCGGAGCCUCUCACAAGUCAGUAGUGACUUGGCAAGAUCCUCGGACUCAGCAGUGGGAAGCAGAUGUUAAAUAUGUGGAGGGAUCUCCACAAGUUGCUGAGUUGGAUGCAGUCGUUAGAGCCUUUGAGAGGUUUCCUGAACCUUUCAAUCUGGUUACAGAUUCGGCCUAUGUAGCAGGGGUGGUUGCAGAGCUGAACAUGCAGCUCUCAAAGCUGUUUGAGCUGCUUUCUAAACUAAUCUAUGCUGUUUCCCACAGAAAGCAGCCUUUCUUCAUAAUGCACGUGAGGUCACACACGGAGCUCCCUGGCCCGGUAACAGAGGGGAAUAGAAUAGCAGAUUCCCUCGCUACCCCCGUUUCAGUGGCUCAGCUCCCUGACGUGUUUCAGCAAGCCAAGCUGAGUCAUCAGAUGUUCCACCAGAAUGUGCCUGGACUGGUCCGUCAGUUCCACCUGAGGCGAGACCAGGCCAGAGCCAUUGUGGCCACAUGCCCACACUGUCAAUCUACCGCCAUGACUUCCCUAGGAUCGGGGGUCAACCCUCGAGGCCUGGGGAGCUGCGAGGUGUGGCAGAUGGACAUGACACACGUCCCUGAAUUCGGCAGGUUCCGCUUUGUACACCUUUCCAUUGACACCUUCUCGGGUGCUGUCUUUGCCUCUGCCCACACAGGAGAGAAAGCCGAACGUGUCUGCAAACACCUCAUGCAAGCUUUCUCUGUGUUGGGAGUCCCCAAAGAAAUAAAAACAGAUAAUGGCCCAGCAUACACCUCCAGGAAACUGGAGGAAUUCCUGCAGGAGUGGGGAGUGGAACAUAAGAGAGGCAUCCCACACUCCCCUACAGGCCAAGCGAUUGUUGAGCGAGCCCACCAGUCGCUCAAGCGUGUCCGUUUUCACCAAAAGGAGACUGUGAAGGGCUGCACACCACAAGAAUGGCUGUGCAAGGCCCUUUACACACUGAACUUUCUAAAUUGUUCGGAUCAGGAUCCCAACCCUCCAGUGACCCGGCAUUUCCAGACUGCCGCCAGCUACCGAUUGCAACAUUGCCCUCCGGUGCUGGUCCGAGACCCUGAGACCCAGAAAAUCAUGGGUCCUUUUGACCUGGUGACCUGGGGGCGUGGGUACGCUUGCGUAUCCUCGCCCCAGGGACUAAGGUGGAUCCCACAAAGGUGGGUGAAGCCUUGGUCCCUAAACAUCCGAGCAGGCCGCCAGAUGGGGUCGAGGAUGCUGGUACCAUCGCGUCCGGAUGAGCCACCCCCAACCCGAGGAGGAGGAGGAAACAACCCUGAACCCUUUUGUUAUGUCGACUUACCUUUUAGUUAAGUUAUGUUUUGUGUUUGUUUUGUUUUAGAGAGAGCCAUCCCUGAAGACAUGACAGCCCCAAGCGUCGCC